CCGUUGCAAAUGUGACGAACAUUGAGUCGUACGGUCAACAAGUUGUGGUGCAUUACUAAAAAAUACCCGAAACCUUAUCAGAUCUUUAUUUUGUUUCUGCAAAAGAUAGAAAAUCACAAAGAACGUUUGGAAUACUUAACUUCACAUAAUUAUUUCCUAUAGAAACACUUUCACGAGUUUAAUAAUCGAAAUGAAAUAAUGUAUUACCUGUUAACAUGUUUAACAACGUUUCUUACAGACCUUUAUCUAAUCACAGUGAAAGAUUAAAUAUUCCCAUGCAAACUACGUCAAAAGAGAGAAUAAAAAAGACAAUUAUAUACCAUCAAAAAAUGGAAAUAAUCAAAAUCGCUCCAAGUGGCAACACUAUCUCGAUUUCUUAUGUUAACGUGAUUUCAUUUUCCACCAAUUAUCUGGCCGGACACACUCAACAUAAAAAUAGUAGACAAUCUCGUGACUGCUUAUCCAUCGAACAGCUAAAUCAGGUUUGUGUCACGUAGUGACUGAUAUUCGACAGUGAAUCCGAGUCUGCGAGUAAUGUCAGCGGGGUCAUCGAGAGAGGGAAUGAUGCCGGUGCUCAAGACCAGCAAUUUCGAGACAGUACUGGACGAAACGAUACCGAGAAAGGACGAUGUUUCGCUUCGGCUUACGCGGGAAAUCGGUUUGCCUCGAGUGCUUCGAGAGCUGCCUCGAGACGCUCUGCGGAAAUGUCCGGGAAUCGUCCGGGCUGUCCGCGAUUUCGGGGAUCACCUCGAAACCGAGUGGCCCGAGAUGUUUGAUCGAUUCCGUUGAACGAUUAAAUGGCGCCGAGGGCCGCCGUUCGUCGUCAACGGCCGCGAAACCGGCAUCGGAGGCCAGGAAGACCUGCUUGUACGACCUGCACGUGGAAAACCGAGGCAAAAUAGUCAAUUUCUCGGGAUGGCUGCUGCCGGUUCAGUAUCAGGACGCGAUAGCAGCGUCUCAUCAGCAUACAAGGACGUUCGCGUCGCUAUUCGACGUGGGCCACAUGAUGCAGACACGAGUGUUUGGAAGCAAUGCUACUGAUUUUUUGGAGUCUUUGACCACCAGUGACUUGAAGAAUCUGAAGAAAGGUUGUAUGGUACUAACAGUGUUUACUAAUGAAAAUGGGGGUAUUCUCGAUGACCUCAUCAUCACGAAAGAUGAUGAGGAUAAAUACUUCGUGGUGUCUAAUGCUGGGAGAAGAGAUGAAGAUACACAGUUGCUGCGCCAGAAGCAGGAAGACUUCAAAUCUCAAGGGAAAUCGGUAGAUCUAGAAUUCUUAAAUCCUCUAGAGCAAAGUUUGGUAGCCUUACAAGGGCCAACAGCAGAAACUGUUCUCCAAACGUUGGUGAAAAAUGAUUUGAAGCAGCUGAAAUUUAUGAACAGCGUGGAAACUGAGAUAUUGGAAAGCCGUAUAAGGGUGUCUCGCUGCGGAUACACUGGAGAAGACGGUUUUGAGAUAUCAAUGCCAGUGGAAGUCGCGCAGACUGUAGUUCAGAAAAUUUUGGAAAUGCCUGAUACAAAGCUGGCUGGUUUGGGGGCUAGGGAUACUUUGAGACUAGAGGCAGGCCUUUGCUUAUAUGGACACGAUAUCGAUGAAGAAACCACACCUGUUGAAGCUGGACUUACUUGGCUAGUAGCAAAACGGAGAAGAGAAGAGAAAAAUUUCCCUGGUGCUCAAGUAAUUUUAUCACAGAUUAAAUCAGGUACUCAGAAGAAACGUAUUGGUCUGAUGAUGGGGCAAGGUCCACCAGCUAGAGAGGGAGCGGCCAUACUGACCCCAGAAGGAGAACGUGUAGGCAAAGUGACUUCUGGUAGCCCUAGUCCAACCCUCGGACGACCUAUUGCUAUGGGAUACAUGCCUCCAGAACUGGCUCACAGUGGUGGAGGAGUAUUGGUUGAAGUUCGAGGAAAGACUUAUAAAGCUACCGUAACAAAAAUGCCAUUUGUGAAGACGAAUUAUUAUACAGCUAAAUGAUCGAUUCGCUUCUGUUUCGUGUGGAAAUCAAAAAAUAAAGUACAAAAUUCGAAUCAUCUCUCGACUCUAAUGAAGUAGCUCAAUUAUUAUAUUGCAAAUGUUACAGUGCCAAAGAAGUUGUAGCACGAUUAAGUUUAGAACGCUUUCAAAUUUCGCUGUAUAACAUUCUAUAAAUUUUUAUAUAGACUUGGAUAAGUAAAAAAUAUGUUAGGUAAUAUUGUUCUAUAAAUAUUAUUGUUGUAAGGAACUAUGAACUUUUUUAGCUUGAUGUACUACUGAUUAUUUAUUCUGUAA